UCGCCCCCCUUCCUCAUUGCAUCAUGAAAGCCACAUUCUCCCGCCAAGUGUACAGUGGCCACGGCGGCCGUCGAGGCGGGGGAGGGUCCCAGAGGGUCUUCAGCUCGUCCUCGGCCAGCGGUGGCGGGGGAGGCGGCUGCCGAACCACAUUCAGCUCGGUGACCGUGGCACGAGGAAGUGGCGGGGGAGGCUUCGGCAGCCGCAGCCUCUACAACCUUGGGGGCGGGAAGAGCAUCUCGGUCAGCGUGGCUGGAGGUGACCGGGCCCGUGGGUUCGGGGUGGGAGGUGGCGGCUUGGCCUGUGGGAUGGGGGGCUUCGGAGGGACGUAUGGGCCCCCGAGGGGUGCCUUUCCCGCCUGCCCCCCUGGGGGCAUCCAGGCCGUGACCAUCAACCAGAGCCUCCUGCAGCCGUUGAACGUGGAGAUCGACCCUGAGAUCCAGCGGGUGCGGACCCAAGAGCGCGAACAGAUCAAGACCCUCAACAACAAGUUCGCCUCCUUCAUCGACAAGGUGCGUUUCCUGGAGCAGCAGAACAAGGUGCUGGAGACCAAGUGGGAGCUGCUGCAGCAGCAGGGCCAGGGCACGGGGGUGACCAAGAGCAACCUAGACCCCAUCUUUGAAAGCUACCAGAGCAGCCUGCGGCGCCAGCUGGACUGUCUGCAGAGCGAGAGGGGACGGCUGGACUCCGAGCUCAAGAGCAUGCAGGAUUUGCUGGAUGAAUACAAAAACAAGUAUGAAGAUGAAAUCAACAAGCGAACGGCGGCAGAGAAUGAGUUUGUGGUGCUCAAGAAAGACGUGGACGCAGCCUACAUGGGCAGGGUGGACCUGCAGGCCAAGGUGGGAACUCUGACGGAGGAGAUCAACUUCCUGAGAUGUCUCUAUGAGGCGGAGCUGUCCCAGGUGCAGACCCACGUCAGCGACACCAACGUGGUCCUGUCCAUGGACAACAACCGCUGCCUGGAUCUGGACGGCAUCAUCGCCGAGGUCAAGGCCCAGUACGAGGAGAUCGCCCGGAGGAGCCGGGCCGAGGCCGAGUCCUGGUACCAGAGCCAAUACGAGGAGCUGCAGGUCACCGCCGGCAAACACGGCGACCAUCUGCGUGAUACCAAGAAUGAGAUCUCGGAGCUGACCCGCACAAUCCAGCGGCUGCAGAGUGAGAUCGACACGGCCAAGAAGCAGUGCCAGCAGCUGCAGACGGCCAUCGCGGAUGCGGAGCAGCGCGGGGAUAUGGCCAUCAAGGACGCCCAGGCCAAGUGGGCUGACCUGGAAGCCGCCCUGCACAAUUCCAAGGAAGAGCUGGCCCGGCUCUUGAAGGAUUACCAGGAGCUGAUGAAUGUCAAGCUGGCACUGGACGUGGAGAUUGCCACUUACCGGAAGCUGCUGGAGUGCGAGGAGAGCAGGAUGUCUGGAGAGUGUCCAAGUGCUAUCAGCAUCUCCGUGUCGGGCAGCUCCAGCACCGUCUCCGGAGGGGCCUGCCGGGUCGGCUUUGGAGGCAGCGUGAGCAGCGGCGUGAAGGGAGGCUACGGCUCGGGCUACAGCUCGGGCUACGGCUCGGUCGGCGGAGGGGGCGGUGGCUACGGUGUGGCCAAGGGCGGGUCCGGGCCAGGCAGCACCUCGGUCAUCAAGAAGUCCAUGACCACCACGGUCAAGUCCUCCAGCCGGAGAUACUGAUGCCCACAGUCCACGGGGAGACCGACCACAGCUCCAAUGACCCGCAUGCCCCCUCUCUCUUCCUCGCCAGCACCCCCUGCCCCAUGUCCCCUCCCACAGUCACCCCCUAAGCCUGCAGCCUCCAGGAAGACUUCCCAGAAAACCACAUUCAGGAAGGGCCCAGAGUGAGCUCAUCUGUGUAUAUUUGCAUGCAUUAUUUCGCAUUCCAGACAAAGAUGAGCCAGGAGGCCUCCAGCAUGGCCCCUAUAUAUAUCUGCAUGUAAUCAGCUUACCAUACAUAUGACUUGCAUGCAAUUUGCAUUUCACGGUCCCCCUCUCCAUUCCCCUUCCCCCACUAGGAGGGUCUGGGAAAGGUGAUAACUGGUAUGAAACCAGUUUGGGGAGUGGGGGGUGGCGACAGAGGCAACCCAGAUUCUAGAUCACUCUGACACAUGCCAGUUAUUGGCACCGGGGUCCCCCAUGCCAGCACAGAAGGCGGAUCUGGUGAGUGGGUUUUGGGGGUCCGCUAUCUGCAACAGUGCUCACCUGGUCCCGUUGUCUCUCCUGGCUUUCACCGAACCCCCUCCUCUGCUUCCCCAGACCCUCGAGGCCGGGAGCGGUGGCAGUGGUGGGGGUGGGGGGGCUCCGUACCGUAUUUACUCACCUAGAAGUCGCGGCACUUGCUAGGCCCCCAAAGCUUUCAGCCGGAAGGCGGGUGUGGGAGCAAUAAAGCUAUCUUGGAAGCAUCA